GUGGCUUUGCAACUGGCCUUGGAGACUUCCAAAAGCUACCGCCACUGCGCCGUGAGACCCUGAUCCCUGAGCUGACUUCAUCUUUUUGGACAGCAAGCUUUGGUGAGAACGUAGAUCUAUUUCUGAGGAAAAUGGACUCAGACUUCCCACAGGCCUUCCAGAAGGAACUCACCUGUGUCAUCUGCCUGAACUACCUGGUAGACCCUGUCACCAUAGGCUGUGGGCACAGCUUCUGUAGACCCUGCCUCUGCCUUUCCUGGGAAGAAGCCCAAAGUCCUGCCAACUGCCCUGCGUGCAGGGAACCAUCACACCAAAAGGAUUUCAAAACUAACAUUUUUCUGAAGAAUUUAGUGACGAUUGCCAGGAAAGCCAGUGUCUGGCAAUUCCUGAGCUCUGAGACACAACUAUGUGGGAUCCAUAGGGAAACAAAGAAGAUGUUCUGUGCCACGGACAAGAGUCUGCUCUGCUCACUGUGCUCUAACUCUCAGGAGCACGGGGCUCACAAACACUGUCCCAUUGAAGGGGCAGCUGAAGAACACCGGGAGAAGCUCUUAAAGCAAAUGAGGAUUUUAUGGGAAAAAAUUCAAGAAAAUCAGAGAAAUCUAAGUGAGGAGGAAAAAACAAGCAUGCUCUGGAGUGCCUAUGCCCUUCUUCGUGCACAGAUGAUCAGGGUUGAGUAUAUGAAGGUGCAUCCAGUUCUCCAUAAGGAAGAAAAACAACAUUUAGAGAGACUGGGCAAGGAACACGAAGAGAUAUUUCCACAACUCCAGAGAAGUUGCAUCAACAUGCAUCAAAAGAAGAAGCACUUGAAAGAAAUGUAUCGGGAACUAAUGGAAAUGUGUCAUAAACCAGAUGUGGAGCUGCUCCAGGAUUUGGGAGACAUCAUGGCAAGGAGCGAGUCCGUGCUGCUGCACAUGCCCCAGCCUGUGAAUCCAGAGUUAACUGCAGGGCCCAUCACUGGACUGGUGCACAGGCUCAACCGCUUCCGAGUGGAAAUUUCCUUCAAUUAUGAAGUAAGCAAUCACAAUAUCAGCCUGUUUGAGGAUGUGAGAAGUUGGAUGUUUAGACCUGAACGGGAAGGUGGAUCUGUGAAUUCUGACAGACCUGACUAUUUUGCUGCAUGGGGAGCCCAGGGCUUCUCCUCUGGGAAACACUAUUGGGAGCUGGAUGUGGACGACUCUUGGGACUGGGCUCUGGGUGUCUGUAAGGACUCCCAGAUAAGGAAUAAUGGCACCAUGAUUACAUCUGUGGACAUAUUUCUUCUUUUAUGUGUGAAGGUGAAUCAUCAUUUCCGUCUCUUGACCAGCUCUCCAAUGCUUCCUCACUAUGUAGAGAAACCUCUGGGCCGGGUUGGUGUGUUUCUGGAUUUUGAAAGUGGAAAUCUGAGUUUUUUGAAUGUAGCCAAGAAUUCCCUCAUAUGGCGUUACCCGGAUGGCUCCUUAAAUUUCCCUGUCAGGCCUGUCUUUUACACUGGCCACAGAUGAUUAAGAUAAAGAAAGCUGACUGUUUGGGAACUGCAUGUACAAGGGAGUCCUUCACUGUUCAAGCAAAGGAAUCAUACUGUUCGGGCUUUUUUUCUGUUUUAGUGUCACUUUAUUACAGUUAAAUAAAAAAUAUGUAAAAUGCAAAA